AUGAGGGUGCCAUACCGAAGCAGUACAUCGCCGCAGACGCUGCCACGCACAGGUGGCUCAAAUGAAAGCGACCAGACAAGAAAGGACACCAUCUACAUCUUAUAUGUCUCCAGAUUUGGCUCCAAUAUUUCGCCCCAUUCCCUAGGCCACCAUUUCGACGUCUCCACCCACGAGCCGGGCGCUAUUGCCACGGUAUCAGCUCGAUUCCUCUCUGUUCUGACCGGAAAGCCCGUUGAAGAAUAUGUGGCAAUGGGAAGCAGGGAGGAAUGCCUUUUCAAUAUUGAGUGGGAGUUUCCAGAGUACAAGGGCCUUCCCAAAGCUACGACCCGGCAUCUCCUCAAGACGGAAUCCACCUCGGAUAUCAGUUUCAGCGGCGGCCUGGACUGGGUCAAGAAAUUGUUGGAGCAGUCAGUCAUCAGUUCUCGCGACUGGACGACGACUCUCACGAGGACGACAAUAACACAGCCGUUUCCGGAUUUCCCGUUCGUUGUCAGCUAUGAACCAAGGACGAAGAAAGACCAUGGUGACGGCCAGACGUCAGUCUACUCGGAAGCCCCAUCAGCCACCACAUCAACGACAGCAGCAAGUACCGAUAUCCCCUCAAACUCAUCGGAGAUGCAAAAUCAGAAUCAGAAUCAGACCCAACAUGAAUUCGAGCCAGAGAUCGAGGCGCUCAAACAACAAUGGAAGCAGGCCAAAGCUUUCUACGCACGCACCGGAGAUAUGAGUGAGAUGGGGGCUGUUAUGGCGCGGGGGAAUAUCAUCCUGGGGCUAUUGAGCCGAACGGGCGGGCGAGGUUCUGAGGGGUGCAACUGUUCUCUUCUAUCGUUGCGUUCUAUUUUUUAUAAUUGA